AUGCAGUACUCAGGAAUGGAGACGUUACCGGUGGAGCGAUGCGUGGAUGAUGCGCUGGUGAACGGGAACGCGACAGAGUCCGACCAUGCAAAGAAAAAGAAGAAAAAAAAGAGAAAGAAGAACAAAGGCGCUGUUUGGGCAGGACAAGCAGAACUGGGGGAGGAUGGAGUUGUUGAGGACACGAGGAAGUCACUAGAGCAGCAGAGCUUCGAAGAAAGAGAAAGAGACGAGAACAGGGAAGAAGACGGAGAGGAUGGAGACAGUUCCGCUGGGAACAAAAAGAAGAAGAAGACGAAGAAAAAGAGUGGCCCUAAAACACAAACUGAUCCUCCUUCCGUGUCGAUAUGUGAGCUUUACCCAAACGGAGUGUUUCCUGUUGGAGAGGAGUGUGAAUAUCCUUCCUCACAAGAUGGGCGGAGUGCUGCGUGGCGAAUGAGCAGUGAGGAGAAGCGUGUCCUAGACGAAGCCAGGGAAGACAUGUGGAAUGAUUUUCGCCAGGCCGCAGAGGCACAUCGGCAGGUACGGCGGUACAUGAAGAGCUGGAUCAAACCAGGCCAGAAUAUGAUCGACAUCUGUGAGCAUCUAGAGGAGUGCAGUAGGAGGCUGAUUAAGGAGAAUGGACUGAAAGCAGGUUUGGCUUUUCCCACCGGCUGCUCUCUCAACAACUGCGCUGCUCAUUACACACCCAACGCUGGAGACCCCACUGUGCUGAAGUAUGACGACGUGUGCAAGAUUGACUUUGGCACCCACAUCAAUGGGAGGAUUAUUGACUGUGCCUUUACUGUCACAUUCAAUCCGAAGUACGACCACCUGCUUGAGGCUGUAAAAGACGCCACAGAUACCGGAAUCAAGUGUGCAGGCAUUGACGUGCGUCUCUGUGAUGUUGGAGAGUCUAUACAGGAAGUCAUGGAGUCGUAUGAGGUGGAGUUAGAUGGGAAAACAUACCAAGUUAAGCCAAUCCGCAACCUGAAUGGUCACUCCAUUGGACAAUACCGGAUUCAUGCUGGAAAAACAGUUCCUAUUGUAAAGGGUGGUGAAGCCACCAGAAUGGAGGAAGGUGAGGUGUAUGCGAUCGAGACAUUUGGCAGUACAGGGAAGGGAGUUGUGCACGAUGACAUGGAAUGUUCUCACUACAUGAAGAACUUUGAUGUUGGACAUGUACCAAUCAGGCUACCAAGAGCCAAACACUUGCUGAAUGUGGUAAAUGAGAACUUCGGGACACUGGCAUUCUGCCGGCGCUGGCUGGACCGGCUCGGUGAGAGCAAAUACCUGAUGGCUCUGAAGAACCUGUGCGACCUGGGCAUCAUCGACCCCUACCCACCUCUCUGUGAUGCCAAGGGCUCUUACACAGCUCAGUAUGAACACACCAUUCUGCUCAGGCCCACGUGCAAGGAAGUGGUGAGCCGAGGAGACGACUAUUGACCCAGACCUACGAAUAGCUACAAAUUCUAUA